CCGCCCCGCCCGUCGGCGGGGACGCGGGGCGCCGCGAGGGGCGCGGAGCCGGGACCCUGUCGCUGACCCUAGAGAGCGAGAAGACGGCAGGCGGCGGAGGGACGCGUCCGGUAGGCUGUGGCAGCGGAGGUUGAGCAAGUCGGGGGUUGCCGGAGGAAGUGCCCAAGUUUACAUCACGUGCCUAACAAACGACUCGGUGACCUCAGGCCACCAACCUAAGAAUGCUUGCUUCUGUGUUGGGUUGACUUUUUUUUCUUUCUUUUUUUCUUUACUUUUUUAUUGGGUUUAUACCUUCGGGAACUACCGGGAGGAUAGGAUAAGAUUGAGGUGUAAGAGGAUCAGGAAUAUCAUUUCUCUGUAUGUAAAGAAGUGCUACCUGGUUCUAUAACUAGUCAUAUGAUUUGACUUUUACAUGGCCGGUGAGAUUAUAAAGUAGCAACUUUUAUUCAUGUAUAUGAAAGGUACUCUCUCUACUCAUCACUCAGUAGGCGAGGACUAAAGAUUAUGUUAAGGUUGAAAGAUUUGUGCCCCGAAGGGUCCUAGAUCCAUCUUGUGAUCUGGGCUAGAGAAAGGUGAGCAAGGAAGAGUGGGGCUGUUGAUCUCUGCCCGACAGCCGUUUGUUUUGAUAAACAAACCCUGAAGCCUGACAGCUGUCCGUGUCCUUGGAAACCCAAGUCCAGCAGUUAGGCUUGUUUGGGUUGGGGAAUGAGUCACAGGGAACGCAGUUAAAGGACACCCUGCCAGAGGUUCGUGUUCCCGGGCUGCCUGAGAAACCCGAUGAAGUCACCUUGCUGCCAAAAGGGCAGCGGGUGGGAGGGAAGCGAGCUGUGCUCUGGUUACCCAAAAACUGGUGGGAGCGGCGCAGAGCCCACCCUGAAACUUCAAUCCUACUGGGUGUGGAAAGCACAGGUGGAAAGGAAGAACCGUACUAGAAAACGAGGAGACGCAGAAACGAAGCUAGGGCUAUGCAAAGGAAAGCUGUGGCCUGGGGACUGCAGACCGCGCCCCACACAGAGCACGUGUUGGGAGCCGCGCCACCGCCGCGGACCAAAACAAACCGGCGUGGCUCCGCCCCGCACAGUCACGUGAACGCGGAGCCCCGUUUCCGGGCGAGCCCGCGCGGCGCCGGAGUCCUUCCGGGGACGCAUGCAGAGCCUUCAUCUCCGCGCACAGUGUUUUCGCGUGGAGGCAACCUCGCGGGAACCAUGGCAGCGGGCACCCAGGAGAGCCCUCCCCUGACCGCCGCAGCUGAAGCUUCCUGGGAUGAAGGUGAACAUGUCAAACCUUUUACACCAGAGAAAGCAAAAGACAUUAUAAUGUCUUUACGGCAACCUGCAGUCUUCUGCAACAUGGUUUCUGACUGGCCAUCGCGACACUGGACUGCUGAGCACCUUUCUGAGGUUCUUCAGGGCAAGCAGAUCCGAUUCAGAAUGGGAAUGAAGAGCGCAGACACAGUGCCUCAAUUUGAAACCACAUGUAGUUACGUGGAAGCUACACUCGAAGAAUUUCUGACCUGGAACUGUGACCGGUCUAGUAGUUUUGGACCAUUUAGAGAUUAUGAUCAUUCCAAAUUCUGGGCUUAUGCUGACUAUAAAUAUUUUGUCAACCUAUUUGAAGACAAUUCAGAUGUUUUCCAGGACGUGCUGUGGUCUGACUUCGGGUUUCCUGGGAGAAAUGGCCAGGAAAGUACAUUGUGGAUCGGCUCCUUGGGUGCGCACACCCCCUGUCAUCUGGACACCUAUGGUUGUAACUUAGUCUUCCAGGUGCAAGGAAGGAAAAGAUGGCAUCUCUUUCCUCCUGAAGAUACACCUUUCCUUUAUCCGACUAGAAUCCCUUAUGAAGAAUCCAGUGUGUUCAGUAAAGUCAGCGUUGUCAAUCCUGAUUUAAAGUGUUUCCCUCGGUUCCAGAAAGCUCGAAGGCAUACGGUCACACUGAGCCCAAGACAGGUCCUGUUUGUUCCCAGACACUGGUGGCAUUACGUGGAAUCCAUUGAUCCUGUCACUGUCAGUAUAAACUCGUGGAUUGAACUGGAAGAGGACCACCUAGCCCGAGUGGAAGAGGCAAUCACUCGUAUGCUCGUGUGUGCUCUGAAAACAUCUGAGGAUCCACAUAAUACCCGAGCUUGGUUAAACCCCACCGAGGUUGAGGCAACAUCCCAUGAAGUCAACUGUCGUUACUUAAAUGGAGCUAUUUCUGCCUUUUUCAAUCAGGACAGAACCCCCAAGGCAGUAGAAAUUCAAGCCCUGAAAACAAAUGGGGAGAACGUGGAGAAGAAAGGAUUACGUGUGUCCAGCCGCAUGGAGGUGGGCCAGACACACAGCCAGAACGACAGCCCGGGAGCUGGAGAGCAGGACCCGGAGAGUCUCUUUGGCCCUGAUCUGUUCCCUGUACCACCAAGCCCAGAAGAUCCCCCUGCAGAGAGAGGUGGCCCAUGGGAAAAUGAUGGUAAAGAGUUGGUUGACAAAGAUGGAAAUCACUUUGCAGAAUCCUGCUGUCCCCAGAGGCAUACUUUGAGUAAAAGUGGAAAUGUGGUAGAGGGACAGACUGCUUCAGGUCGCGCUCCAGGCCCAUCUCAGGCGCUCAUCUCAACAGAUGAUUUGCUGGACUGUUUGGUGAAUCCACGAGUAACCAGGCUGGUGGCACAACUUUUGAUAGAAAUGAAAAGCUUGUGAUUCUCAUAGAAGGUGACUUUUUGAAUAACAUUUUCAAAGUAUAUUUGUAAAACAUAGUAUGAUUUUAAAAUAAAAGAUGUAACAGCCAAAGGUCAAUUUGCAUGUUUAUAAGUUCUUAGCUAAUUUCAAGUCUUUUGUCACCUUCUAUGAACAGUGUGAUCGGCCUUCUUUCCUCGGUCUUCACCUGUCCUCCUCCCCGACCUCUCAGCCUGUAUCACACGUAAGCCCCAGGUGUUCCCAGCUUUAACCAGGGACUGACCUGCUGCUUGGUCAUGUAAGUCAAAUUUUAUGUGAACACACCCAGGCCAUUCAUCUGAUAUUGCCUAUGGCAGCUUUGGGAUUACAAUGACAGAGUUGAAUCAAGAUAAGAGACUGUGUGGCUCAGAAAGCCAAAAAAAAAA